GACCCAGAGAACAUAUAUCACAGCCUUCAUGGAAAACUCUGACGUAUCCACAAACACAACGUUCCAGCUGUAUCUUGUGACAUAUAAGACAGCCUCAGUCACGGUCACAGUGUCCAAUCCGCACUUCAGCAAGACGGUGUUCAUUGAGAGGGAAAGCAGUGCACUGGUGAACUUCGACUACACAUAUAUGAUCACUGAAAGCCAAGAGACUUCCAAGGCUGUGCUGGUGACAUCCGACGUUGACAUAUCUGUCUUUGCUUUCUACACACAUGUCGUUACUGCUGACGCCAUGGCUUGUCUUAGUCUUGAAGACUUGGGAACAGAGUAUUACAUAUCAACUCCUGGGCAAAGAAUAGGCAAUCAAUUUGCCGUGGCCAACGGCCUAGAAGAAGUUGUCUCAGUGACUGUGACCGUCUCUGAGUCCGUCACCUUUAAAGGCAUCUCCUACUCCAGUGGAGAUUCCUUCUCAUUCCAACUUGAGUAUCAACAAGUCGUUCAGUUUAAAAGUGCAGAUGAUCUCACAGGCACCAGGGUCUCCUCCACAGCCCCAGUGGCUGUAUUCAGUGGCAGUAGAUGCUUUACUGGGAUCAAUAAUACGUGUGAUUCCUUGACCGAGCAGCUACAUCCUGUGAAGAACUGGGGGAGCUUUUUUGCUGUGUUUCCAUUGUUGAACCACACUAAAGAUGUCAUUAAAAUUAUAUCUACAAGUUCAGAUACUACAGUGGAUAUUAAUGGUCCAAAGGGGGACACCCACCACAGCCUACAGAAGGGAUCCUAUAUCGAAAUCACUGUAGACAAAGGAAUGACUAUUAAGUCCACCAAACCAAUUAUGGUGACAUACAUCUUCCAAGAUUAUAUACCAGGAGUAGUUACAAAGUAUGACCCCUUUAUCACUAAUGUCCCACCUUCAUUAGUCACAAGGAUGUAUUACAGAUUUAUAACACAGGCGAGAUACUACAAUUUCCUCCUGAUUGUAUCCCAGGCAUCUGCAGGUGAUGGGUUCUACCUGGACCAUCAGCAGCUCAGUUCAUACAGCGUUUCAUUGAAAUCUUUCAGUGGAUUCCAUGCUUGGGAAGUCUCUUUGGGUAAAACUGAUGGACAACAUGAAAUAUAUCAUGAGUCAAUGCCUUUUACAAUCUAUGUUUUUGGAAUUGAGCGCAGUGUUUCCUAUGGAUACUCAAUGGGACAGGAAGCAAUAUAUGCAGCACCAACAGAAGACCAUAAACCUGAGGGCACACUAAGCUGUCUCUCUCAUGUAGCUGAAUACCAUCUACCCCUCAGCUUGGUGACUGAGGCCAACCUCGAUGCAUCUGAUAUCCACCUGGAAGACCCUCAGUGUAAGGGGGAGCUGAAGGGAAAUGUCACUCUCAUUAAAAUACCGUUCAGUAGAUGUGGAUCUGAUGUCCUGAUUGAAGAUGGGAAGACAUACUAUGUAAAUACCAUCUACGGAACAAUCCCAGAGACCAGAGUACACCGCAUUGAGAUCCCAGUGAGGUGUGAAAUAGAAACCAAUGAGACCCUUGGGUUCCACUUUCACCCUAAAGUCACAGACGUGGUCUAUAAGAGUCACUAUAACGUGUCCCUGAAGCUCUAUCAGAACAGCGACUUUACCAACCUGAUUGCCAGGUAUCCUUAUGCGGUUGACAUCCAUGGUCAUCUACACGUGGAGAUCAGAGUGGAUUCAGGUGAAACAGAGCUACAGAUACUGGCAGAAAACUGCAGGGCUUCCCCGUCACUGGAGGAUACAGAGCGGACAUACAAUCUCAUCCAGCACGGGUGUUCUAGUGACUCUACCUUGCAGACUCACCCAGUCUCAGACCACAGGCUGCAACGCUUCAGUGUCCAUGUAUUUAGGUUUUACGACUUCCAGGAGGUUUAUCUGACCUGCAACGUCAUCAUCUGUCACAAUAAAACAUCUCCAAACCACUGUACACAAGGAUGCAACAUGCGGAGACACCAACGUGAUACCCACAGCUCCCACAGGCAGCUAAACUCAGCCAGGCUAUCUCAGGGGCCUAUUCUGUUUAAGUCUGGUCAAAUCCAGGCGGAUCAUACUGUCCCAUCCUCCGUGCUUGUGGCUGUGGUUGGUGUUAUGGGCUUCUUGUCUGUGCUGGGGCUGGUGAUCCAAAAACAUCAUUAUAGGAGAAACAAAUAUGCCCUGCUGGGAAAUGGGAGCCACCAACAGUAAAACAGGACAGAAAACCAGCAGACGUGACCGAUAAAAUUUAGUUUUCACAGUAGUGAUUGUGGUAAUAUUUAAUAAGACAGAAUGAAUUAUAUUUCCACCAGCCAAUAAUAGUUACAAACCUGAUAUCUCUGUCCAGCGGCCAAUUGUCCAUAGAGCUCCCCAGGAAGAUCCCCGGUAGGCCAACGUAUCUGUGGGGCCUGUUUUGUGUGUUGUCAUGUGGCCCCACCCCCCACAUGACAGGCAGCCCAUCACACUCAGUACACUGCAUUGUCCCCAUUCAUUCUGUUAUUCAAUUUCUGCAGUACAGCAACUCUGCCAUCCAGUGAUGCUGCCAUGGCUACACGGUAUGUUAUACAGAUGGAGCCUCGAUCAUUUUACCUGACCGAGGCGCAGGCGUGCACUCCCGACGUGACUAGGCGAUCCGUCCGCCUAGUCACGCCGGGAGUGCACAGAGACGCUCCCAUUCAGAGCAUCUCUGUCCGGGUGCGCAGACGGAGACACUCUCCAUUGAAGUGAAUGGGGCGCGUCUCUGUCUGGGCACGCGUGCCCGUCCAGACGGAGACGCUCGCAGUGCUUAGGUGCACCCAGGCUGGCGCGUCUAGUCACAGAAUGAGACUUAAUAAUGGAGGCUCCAUCUGUACCUUACACAAGACACUGUAGAAACUCAAAUCUGUGCAUCCGGUAUUUCCCACAUUGAUUAUUGCAAUAGUCUUCUUACUGGUCUCACCAAAAAGAGAUCCAUCCACACUCAUUAUUCACUCCCACUCACUAUUCCAGGACUUCUUCGGACUGCACCCACUCUGUGGAAUGCCCUCCCACACACAAUAAGACUCUCCUCUAGUCUCCAAACCUAAAAACGUUCCCUGAAAACUCACCUCUUCAGACAUGCUUAUCAAAUUCCGGAAUCGCCCACAUACUGUAACCUUCAUAAACUUUCUUUCCAAUUACAUCCCCAAUGUACAGUCCAAACAUAUCCUCACAUAUUUUAUCUUUUAUCCCUUUCCAUCCUUCUGAUCCCAGGCCAACGUUACUAUAUGACCAGAUCAUGCAACCCACCAAGAACCUUUGCAAUCUGGUGGACCAUUAUACAAUAGAUAACACCUAUCCAUGUGUAUCAAUGCCUAUUUCCCUAUAGAUUGUAAGCUUGCGAGCAGGGCCCUCCUACCUCUAUGUCUGUCUGUUAUUAUCCAGUUUUGUUUUAUAACUUUUGUUUCCAAUUGUAAAAUGCUAUGGAAGUUGCUGCUCUAUGUAAGAAACUGUGAAUAAAUAAAUACAAAAUUGAAAUACAUAAUACACUAAACGUCUUUAUAUUGCUACACUUGUGGUUACUUAUGGAUACCAGUUCUGCUAUGUACAGUACCACCUUGUUUUAUUAACACCAUAUAUUGAUUCAAGGGUUACCGUUGUUCUCUCAUAAAAUAAAAUAAAAUAAUUUCAAAAA